AUGGGUGUCGGUCGUCGAAUGAAAAAACAGGGGCCUCCUGCUCCAUUGGAUCAGGCCACCAUAAAUCUCAUCAAGAAACGAAAGGCUGCUGAAGCUGAGAAAGCAGAAGGCGGGAAAAAAAGAAGAAAGGCAGUCGCAGAAUCCGAACCUGAGCCUGAGCCCGAAACCAAGAAGAUCAAGACAAAAGCAGUCAAGGCGAAAGCUAAUGGUGCCGUCGCCAAUGGUAAAUCUAGCAAAGAACAGAAAUCGGCAGCGCCCAAGAAAACUUCUGCAAAGGUUGAGAAGAGCAAAAAGUCAGCAAAAAAGGCUGUCGAGCCUGAACCGGAAUCGGAAGAUGACGAUGACGAAAGCUGGGGCAGCGGCAGUGCUCCUGAUCUCGAUCAAUUAAUGCAAGAUGAGUUCGGUGAAUUGGACGAUGUGAGCGAUGGAAGUGACGCCGAAGAUGGAAAAUUCGACGAAGGAUCGGUAUUCGACUCUGAAGAAGAGGACCACCCACGAGAGAAGAUGUUUUCAGACGACGAAGAUGAAUCAGAUGCUGAAGAGAAGCUUACAGCAGCAAACAUUGAAGGCUUAUCCCGAAAACUCGACGAACAGCGCGAAUUAGAGGAGGAAGAGGCUAGGCAGGAAUUGCAAGACUCGGCCAUGCAGACUAAUAUUGCCGGCGAACGGCCUGAUAUCUUUGGUGAGGCUGAUACAGCAGCAAAAGCAGGAAUCGCGCCAAACAUGCAGCUACUUCGCACUCGUAUUACAGACACCUUGAGAGUCUUGGGUGAUAUGGCAUCUCUUGGGCAACCUGGAAAGUCUCGCGCAGACUACAUGCAACUUUUGUUAGACGACAUCUGCACAUACUACGGCUAUACCCCCUAUCUGGCCGAAAAGCUCAUGUCACUCUUCACUCCUAUGGAAGCAUUCGCCUUUUUCGAGGCCAACGAAAUCCCUCGUCCCGUGGUUAUUCGUACCAAUACUCUGCGCACCAAUCGCCGUACACUUGCACAGGCUUUGAUCAAUCGAGGUGUGGUUUUGCAACCCGUCGGUAAAUGGUCCAAAGUCGGGUUGCAAGUUUUCGAAUCUGCUGUCCCUCUUGGUGCUACACCAGAAUAUCUUGCAGGCCACUACAUUCUGCAAGCUGCGUCAUCUUUCCUUCCCGUGAUGGCGCUCGCCCCGCAAGAAAACGAGCGCGUUCUCGAUAUGGCCUCCGCUCCCGGUGGUAAGACAACAUACAUCUCCGCCUUGAUGCGCAACACUGGUAUAGUCGUGGCCAACGAUGCCAGCAAAGUCCGUACCAAGGGUUUGAUUGGUAACAUCCACCGUCUCGGCUGCAAAAACACGAUCGUCUGCAAUUACAACGGUCAAGAAGCUUUCCCCAAGAUCCUCGGUGGUUUUGAUCGAGUAUUGCUCGAUGCUCCCUGUACCGGUACUGGUGUCAUUUCCAAGGAUCCUAGUGUCAAGACCAACAAGUCAGAACGCGAUUUCUUGGCUAUCCCACACAUGCAAAGACAACUUUUGCUUGCCGCGAUAGACUCGACAGACCAUCACUCCAAGACUGGGGGUUACAUUGUUUACUCGACAUGUAGUGUUACCGUCGAAGAGAAUGAACAAGUCGUCCAAUACGUCCUACGCAAACGUCCCAACGUCAAGAUUGUGGAUACCGGUCUCGGAAGCUUCGGAUCUGAGGGUUUCACGAGCUACAUGGGCAAGAAGUUUGACGAGAAGAUGACUUUGACCAGACGCUAUUUCCCGCACCGAGAGAACGUCGAUGGGUUUUUCGUCUGCAAACUCAAGAAGACCGGCCCCAGCCCCGGAGCCAGCAAGACGAAUGGUGCCGCAGCUUCCAACGGCGUGAAAUCCGAUAAAUCCGCUUCGGAAGCUGGCGAUACUGAUGUCGAGGUCAUUGACAAGACCCCUAUCACAGAUGACAAUGGCAACACCGUCGGUGAAGAAGCCUUUGGGCCAUUCGAUGAAGACGAGGACGCCGAACUCAUUGCUCGCGCCGAACGCAACCGACUAAGGAGGAAGGGUAUCAACCCCAAGGCCGUCUUGGACAAGAAAGCGAAGAAAGACCAAAAGAAGGCCAAUAAAGAGGAUGCCGCAGCCAGCCCUGCGUCGGAAAAGGAACAACCAUCCACAGAAGAGGAGAGUGUAGACAAGAAAAAGAAGGGCUCCAAGAAGGAAAAGAAGGAAAAGAAGCCUGCUGCCGAAGCUGAAGCUAAAGCACCGGAAGAAGAGAAACCCGUUGCAGAUGCAUCCUCUUCGCCUUCCUCUUCCUCGAAAUCGAAGAAGACCAAAAAGGUAAAGAAGUAG